AUGACACAUAUUGUCACCGUACUGUGGCCACCAUUUGAGGACCCAUCUUCCAACACAUGGGCAAGAAACACUGCCCCCAGCCGCUGCUCCGGGAGGGUCGAGGUGUUUUAUAACCAGCAGUGGGGGACGGUGUGUGACGACAGCUGGGACCUGAGAGAUGCUGAGGUGGUGUGCCGGCAGAUGGGCUGUGGGGCAGCCGUGUCAGCUCCAGGCUUGGCUCAGUUUGGGCCAGGGUCCAACCAUAUCUGGCUGGGUGAUGUUGAGUGCACAGGGGCAGAAGCUACCCUCUCCGAAUGCAGGUCCAGGAUGGGUGAACCCAUGAAUUGCUACCAUGGGGAAGAUGCUGGUGUUGUGUGCUCAGAAGGAGACCUCCAAAAAGGGUGUCCACCUUGUCCUGUUUCAGACCCUGCAGCGUUGCGGCUGGUGAAUGGGUCAAGCCUCUGUGCUGGGAGAGUUGAAGUGCUCCACAGGCAUCAGUGGGGGACUGUGUGCGAUGACAGCUGGGAUGAAGAGGAUGCUGCAGUCGUGUGCCGGCAGCUGGGCUGUGGGACAGUGGUCUCAGCCCCUGGCGCAGCUUGGUUUGGGCAAGGGCACCAUGCCAUCUGGCUGGAUGAUGUGAACUGCACAGGGAGUGAGGACACCCUCUCAGAGUGCCUGGCCAGGCCAUGGGGGACACACAACUGUGACCAUGGGGAAGAUGCCGGUGUGGUGUGCUCAGGUAACUCCCCAAGGAUGGAACUGUCAGAUGGCCCGCACCGCUGCGCCGGCAGGGUUGAGAUCUUCUACGAGAACCAGUGGGGAACAGUGUGCGACGACCACUGGGACCUGGCGGAUGCCGCCGUGGUGUGCCGGCAGCUGGGCUGCGGCACAGCACUGUCAGCCGCCGGGGGCACACAUUUCAGGGCAGGGUCUGGUCCCAUCUGGAUGGAUGAUGUCAACUGCACGGGGACGGAGGUCGCUCUGUCUUACUGCAGGACAAAGGGCUGGGGAAAGAACAACUGCCACCAUGGUGAAGAUGCCGGCGUGGUGUGCUCAGGUAAUGCCCCCAGUCCUGUAGACCUCCGCUUGGUGAAUGGCCCGAACCGCUGCUCUGGAAGAGUGGAGGUGAUGCACAACCACCAGUGGGGAACUGUGUGCGACAACAACUGGAGCAUCCCCGAUGCCAGCGUGGUGUGCCGGCAGCUGGGUUGCGGGACAGCAGUCUCAGCCUACGGCUCAUCUCACUUUGGCCCAGGAUUGGGCCCCAUUUGGCUGGACAGUGUUCAGUGCAGUGGGACCGAAGCUGCCUUGUCCGAAUGCGUGGCCAGACCUUGGGGUGUCAACAGCGUCAACCAUGAAGAAGAUGCCAGCGUUGUGUGCACAGGUAACAUCAUCCACCGACACACCAGCUCGUCUCCGCCUACCGCCCCCAGCCGCUGCGCGGGGCGCGUGGAGGUGUUCCACCUCCAUCAGUGGGGGACGGUGUGCGACAACAGCUGGAGCCUGGCUGAGGCGGCGGUGGUCUGCCGGCAGCUGCACUGCGGAACAGCCAUCUCAGCCCUGGGCUCGGCUCACUUCGGACAAGGGUCCGGCCGCAUCUGGCUAGAUAGCGUGAAAUGCGCGGGGACAGAAGGUGCCCUUUUUGAAUGCCAGGUCAGGCCGUGGCGAUCCAACAGCUGUGACCACCAGGAGGAUGCUGGCGUGGUGUGCUCAGACACGGACACUUCGGGGCAGCGCCUGCUCCGGCUGGUGAAUGGCUCCAGCAGCUGCCUGGGAAGAGUCGAAGUCUUUCACAACAACAAGUGGGGGACCGUGUGCGAUGACACCUGGGACCUCCACGACGCCGCUGUUGUGUGCAAGCAGCUGGGCUGCGGGAUAGCGCUGUCAGCACCGGGCUCAGCUCAUUUCGGGCCAGGGUCAGAUCCCAUCUGGCUGGACAACGUUCACUGCAGGGGGACCGAGUCCACCCUCACCAGCUGUGAGCUGAGCAACUGGGGAGAGCACAACUGCGGCCACAGCGAGGAUGCUGGCGUGGUGUGCUCAGGGGCAGGCCAUCCAGCCCCUCUGAGACUGCUCAACGGCCCCAACCGCUGCGCCGGGAGGGUGGAGGUGCUCCACAACCACAUGUGGGGGACGGUCUGUGAUGACGGCUGGGACCUGGCAGACGCAGCGGUGGUGUGCCGUCAGCUGGGCUGCGGCACGGCACUCUUGGCCACCAGCGGGGCUCACUUCGGGAGGGGCCACGAUCCCAUCUGGCUGGACGAGGUGAACUGCACCGGCACUGAGGCCACCAUUUUCAACUGCCGGGCCAGAGCAUGGGGUGACAACAACUGCUUCCACGGAGAGGAUGCUGGAGUGAUAUGUUCAGCUUCAGGAGUGUCCGUGGCCACUGAGCUCCACCUGGCCAAUGGCUCGACGCGCUGCGAAGGCAGGGUGGAGGUCACCCACAACGGCACCUGGGCAGCCCUGUGUGACCAGGGUUGGGGUCUGGCUGAAGCUCGAGUGGUGUGCAGGCAGGAAGAGCGCUGUCAGCACCUGGCGGGUCGCAUUUUGGGCAAGGAUCCGGGCAAACGUGGCCCAACAGCGGUCGAGGUCUUCCAUAACAAGCAGUGGGGGACCGUGUGCGAUGACAACUGGGACCUGCUGGACGCCGAGGUCGUCUGCCGGCAGCUGGACUGCGGGCAAGCGCUGUCGGCCCCGUGGGGAGGUCAGUUCGGGCGUGGGAAUGGCAUCAUCUGGAUGGACGAGACGAACUGCACGGGGACGGAGAGCACGCUGUCUGCCUGCCAGGCCCGGACAUGGGGCAUCAAUAAUUGCUACCACGGGGAAGAUGCUGGUGUGGUUUGCUCAGACUCAAUCAUCCCCGAACCACCUCACCUCCGGCUGGCGAACGGCUCGCACCGCUGCGCUGGCAGAGUCGAGGUGUUUCACCAGGAGGAGUGGGGAGCCGUCUGCGACAGCAGCUGGGACAAGCAGGACGCCGAGGUUGUGUGUCGGCAGCUGGGCUGCGGGACGGCGCUGCCAGCAUCGGAGGGGACGGACUUUGGCACCGGACCCCUGCGUGUCUGGCUGGACAAUGUGAACUGCCAAGGGACGGAGCUGACCCUUACGAAAUGCCAGGCGAGCCCAUGGGGAGAAAGCAGCUGCAGCCACGGAAAGCGCGCCAGCGUGGUGUGCUCAGCUGUUUCCAACUUCACCCCAGUCCGGCUGGUGGAUGGCCCAGGUCGCUGCGCUGGGAGGGUCGAGGUGUUUCACAGUGAGAAAUGGGGGACGGUGUGCGAUGACAGCUGGGACUUCGCAGAUGCCAAAGUGGUUUGCCGGCAACUGGACUGUGGGCUGGUGGUAUCAGCUCCGCAGCGGGCUCACUUCGGGCAGGGACAGGGACCCAUUUGGCUGGACAACGUGCGCUGUGUGGGGACGGAGGCUGCUCUCUCCGAAUGCAGGGCCAAGAGCUGGGGCAUCCAUGGAUGUGAGCACAGAGAAGAUGCCAGCGUGGUGUGCUCAGGAUCGGGCAUUUCUGACCUCGGAAGCCUCCGCCUGGUGAACGGCUCAGACUCAUGCUCCGGGAGAGUUGAAGUGUUUCAUGAUCAGCGCUGGGGGGGCAUCUGUACUGACGGCUGGGACCUGGCCGAAGCCCAUGUGGUGUGUCGGCAGCUGGGCUGUGGGGUGGCGCGCUCGGCCGCUGCGUCUACCCAGUUUGGGACAGGAGAUGGCCUGAUCUGGGUGGAUGCUGUGGAGUGCACCGGGACGGAGGGGGCCCUCUUUGAAUGCAAGGUCAAGUUCUGGGGCACCAAGAGCUGCAAGUCGAGGGGGCAUGCAGGCGUCUCAUGCUCUCUGGCUGCAGAAGCCCUGCGGCUGGUGAACGGCCCACACCGCUGUGCCGGCAGGGUGGAGGUCUUUCACAACCAGCAGUGGGGGACCGUCUGCGAUGACGGCUGGGACCUGAAUGACGCAGCCGUGGUGUGCCGGCUGUUGGGCUGCGGGACGGCCAUAUCAGCCCCAGGUUUAUCUGGGUUUGGGCAAGGAUCUGGCCCCAUCUGGCUAGAUGGGGUGAGUUGCCUUGGGACAGAAGCCACCCUUGCUGAAUGCCUGGUCAAGCCUUGGGGACACCAUACAUGUAACCACGUGGAAGACGCCAGCGUUGUGUGCUCAGGGAUUGCCAGCAUCCCCAGGCUUCGCCUGGUGAGUGGUUUGAGCAAGUGCACCGGGAGGGUCGAGGUGUUUUACAACAACGAGUGGGGGACAGUCUGCGACGACGGCUGGGACCUGAGGGACGCAGCGGUGGUCUGCCGGCAGCUGGGCUGCGGAGUGGCCAUCUCGGCCCCUGGCUCGGCUCGGUUUGGGUGGGGAGCUGGCCCCAUCUGGCUGGACGACGUGAGCUGCACGGGGCAGGAAACUGACUUUUCCAAGUGCCAAGCCAAGAUGUGGGGCAUCCACAACUGCCACCACGGGGAGGACGCCGGCGUGGUGUGCGCAG